CCAUUCAGAUUCAUUAUUAUUCCCGAGAACACUAAACCCCUUUCUUUUUUCUCUUUCAAAUUCCUUCUUUUUCUUUUUGUCAAAUCCUUCUUCUUCAGUUCCCAUUUCGAACCAGCACACUCUCCCCAUCCAUUUCAUUUCUUCCAUGUGAUCCAUUUUCACCUCUCAUUUUUCCUUUUGAAACACAUUCAAGAUUAUUUACAAUGACGGGUUGGAGAAGGGCCUUCUGCACUUCCAUUCCUAAAGAUACACUUUCAACUGAUAUCUCCAAUGAAUCCUUAAGCCCCAGAAUCAGCUCUAAAUUUGGGUUUUUCUCUAACCCAUCAACCCCUCCUUCUCAAUCCCGCCGCCAGCCCGACCACCCUGGUCUCGGUCUCCGCUGUCGAACCUCCGUUGCCACUUCUGUUUCUACACCUUCUUCCACUUCCAAUAGCCCCAAGCUGAUGACCCAAAAGAAAACCGGUGCCUCUAGAUUGUUGUUCCAUUUCUCCAAUCCUUCUUCUCCCAAAUCCCCUUCUGGUUUCUCCUUCAUUAAAACUGGUUUACGGCUUUCCAAGAGUAGGUGUGGAAUCUGUUUACAGAGUGUUAAAAGAGGACAAGGAACGGCCAUUUUCACAUCAGAAUGCUCUCACUCCUUUCACUUUCCUUGCAUCUCUGCUCACAUUAAGAAGAAUCGAACUGUGGCGUGUCCUGUUUGCAGCUCUAUCUGGAAUGAAGCUCCGUUGCUUGAUGGUCAUAACGCUCUGAAGAAACCAAUCCAGACGGAUAAGACGAGAGGUGUAGAAUCGAUCAAAUCCGGAGAAGUCAAAUCGAAGCCGCUUAAGGUUUAUAAUGAUGACGAGCCUUUGAUGUCCCCGACUUCCGGUGGUCGCUGUAAUCCUAUACCGGAAUCUGACGAAAACGAAGACGAUGAAGAACAGGAUAGCGCUGUGGAGUUCCAAGGUUUCUUUGCUACAUCUGCACCCUUAGCGUCACCGAGAUUACCUAACAUUGUGAAAAAUGUUGAAGUAAGUCUAUUGCCUGAGGCUGCGGUGAUUGCAGCCGGUCGCAGCUAUGAGACUUAUGCGGUGGUGUUGAAGGUGAAGGCUCCUGCUCAAUCUGCGACGACAUCCUCUUCGCCAAUGAAUCGGAGCCUUCGUCCUCCAAUCGAUUUGGUAACCGUGUUGGAUGUGAGUGCAAGUGCGAACAACGCCAAACUCCAAAUGGUGAAACGCACUAUGCGAUUAGUCAUUUCAUCUCUCGGUUGCACGGACCGCCUCUCGAUUGUGGCGUUCUCCGCCAGUUCGAAGCGGUUGUUGUCACUACGGAGAAUGACCUCCAAUGGCCGCCGAUCGGCGCGCCGAAUCGUUGAUUUGCUCUGCGAAGUUGGCCAAGGGGCGUGCAUUAACGAUGCAAUAAAGAAGGCAGCGAAAGUUCUCGAAGAUCGGCGAGAGAGAAAUCCCGCCGCCAGUAUCAUCCUCAUUUCCGACGGUCGCGAUGACCGCGUUGGAGCUUCUUACUCCGGCAACUACAAACGAUCUUCUCCAGUCGUGUGCUCCACGCGCUUCCCCCACCUGGAGAUACCCGUUCACGCCAUAUCCUUCGGCGACGGCCUGGUGGCGCCGGAAGACGCGUUGGCCAAUUGUGUUAGUGGCCUGUUGAGUGUGGUGGUUCAAGAUCUCAGACUCCAACUCGGCUUCGUAUCCGGUUCGACCCCGGCCGAGAUAGCUGCGGUCUAUUCGCUCUCCUCUCGCCCGACAGUUCUGGAACCCGGUUCGAUUCGGAUCGGGGAUCUCUCUUCCGAAGAAGUCCGAGAAAUGCUUGUGGAAUUGAAAGUGCCAGCUUCCUCCAUUGGGACCCACCCUCUAUUGUCCGUACGAUCAUCUUUCAAGGACACGUCAUCGCACUCACAAGGACUCGUUUGUUCCAAACAACACGCAUUACCUUUACCCAGGCCGCGGACCGUCCGAUCUUCCGGGUCUAACAUCGAACGGCUAAGGAACCUCCACGUCACAAUCCGAGCUGUAGCCGAGUCACAACGCUUGAUAGAACACAAUGAUUUCUCGGCAGCACAACACUUGCUGUCAUCGGCUCGAGCCUUGCUGUUAAAACAAUCCGGUUCCACAUCAGCCAGCGAGUACAUAAAAGGCUUGGACGUCGAGUCUGCCGCGCUGAACCGACGGAAACAACAACAGAUGCAAACCCAACGACAGAACGUGAUGGCAGGACGAGAGACAAGCAGAAUAGACGAAAAGGUUGAGCAGCUUACGCCCACUUCGGCUUGGAGAGCCGCGGAAAGACUGGCUAAAGUUGCGAUUAUGAGGAAGUCGAUGAACAGAGUCAGCGACUUACACGGCUUCGAAGAUGCCAGAUUUUAAUUCAAAAAUUAUAAUUUAAAAAAAAAAAACAUAAAAUAAUAAAUCAUUCUUGAAAAUAAAAAAUAAUAAAAAAGGAAAAAAAUUAUGAUUGGACUAGUGGGGGAUGGGCCCGAGCCUAGAAUAUGGACAAGAGGAACAAGACGGCUAGGCCCUUUUCCUUCUUUUUUUUCUUUUAAUUUUGGGGGUUGGCAAUUGAAAGGAACAGUUUGGUAAGGGUAGAGCGGGGGACCCAACAAAGAAGAGAUUCAAGAAGAAGAAAUUUGCAUUAUUUUGAUCCAAAACUUAGGCAGCCCCAUCUCUGUUUGUUUCUUCCUCCUUUAAAUAUCCACUUCUUCUUUUCUUUUUCUUUUUCUUUUUUUUUUUUUUCUCUCUCUUAAUUUUGUAAAAAAACUUGAAGAUAUAAUAUAGCUCUUUUAUUAUGAAAUGAACUGAGAACAUGUUCGGUUUUGUACGUUUGUUUCUUAUGUUUGUAUGUAUGAGCUGUUGGUUAAUGUUCAAAUCGAUUUUGUUUCUAUGUACCCA